AUGGGCGGGUUACCCACAACAGCAAAUGGCAACAACUAUAUCAUAGUUGUAAGUGACUACUUUUCAAAAUGGACAGAAGCUUAUGCAGUGCCAAACCACACAGCCUUAACAGUAGCAGACAAGUUGGUCACUGAGUUUAUUUGUCGGUUUGGGACCCCUCGCUAUAUCCAUUCAGAUCAAGGGAGAGAAUUUGAAUCAGAACUAUUUCAAACUAUUUGUUCAAAGUUGGGUGUGAAAAAAACUAGAACAACUCCUUAUAGACCUGAAUCAGAUGGGCAGGUAGAACGAUUUAAUCGCACAUUAAUACAGAUGCUUUCCUCCUUUGUGAAUACACAGAUGGAUGAUUGGGAUGACCAUUUACCCUAUGUUAUGAUGGCUUAUAGGUCCAGCAGGAAUAGCAGUACAGAGUGUACCCCUAAUUUAGUCAUGCUAGGGCGGGAAACAUCGUGUCCCUUAGAUAUGAUGGUUGGCUUACCCCCAGGGUCUCGAGGGAUAUGUACAGUUCAGUAUGUAUACUGGGUACAGGAAACAAUGAGGUCUGCUGAUAAGUUUGUGUUUGAGAAACUGGGUGAAGCCGCUAGGCGGCAGAAAUUCUACUAUGAUAGGGAUGUAAAAGAGAGGGAAUUCUCGGUAGACAGUUUUGUCUGGAGAUGGUACCCCCCAGCUAUCAGUAACAAAUUAGGGCAGGGAUGGACGUUAUCAGAUGUUAACUAUGAAAUAAAGAAAAGUCCUCAGGCAAAUCCUAUAGUCGUCCAUGCAGAUCAUCUUAAACAAUAUCAGGGUAUUCAUACUCCAGAUCCAUGGGUGGGGUUAGACUCUGAUAUCGGUGACAGUUCCUCAGAGAUAUGCUCUGAUGGGGAAUCCCAGCCACCAGCUAUAGACAACAGUCCAGGGGAGAUAACUCCACGGUUCACCAGGACGGGUAGAAGAAUAGUACCCCCACAAAAAUUCAGUCCUUAA